AUGCCUCCACCCUUCUUCGCGUCAUGAUGAUACGGCAACGACGCGAUGCUAACAGACCUUGGCUAUGUCCUCCGCAACACCUACUCGUUGUCGACGAACUUCUCACACGGAAGGCCGAGUUCUGCGCGGUGUACGAAGCAGCGCAUAUAAGGAGGACCGCUUGGAGGGCUCAAAACCGACUUCAGCGUACCUUUGCCAUCCCUCAAUCUAUUUCAAGCACCCUUCAAGAUGUUCGCUUCUAAGGCCUUGGCUUUUGUCGCCCUCGUCGUUGCUGCCAACGCAGCUUCGGUCCCCACUGGUACUCAGACCGGCACUGGGUACUACCACUCCUCAAAUGGUGUCGCAGGCGCUUGCGGCGCUGUAACCAAGGACACUGACUUGGCUGUUUCCAUCGCCGGCAAGGUCUUCGAUGCAUCCCUCUGCAACAAGGAUAUCAACGCCUCCUACAACGGAAAGAGCGUCACCGUGAAGCUCACCGACAUCUGCAACGGUUGUGAGGCCACCGACCUUGACUUCACGCCCACUGCCUACGGCAAGCUUGCUGAUCUCUCCCAGCUCAAGCUCGAGAACGUGACCUGGUCUUUCGCUUAA